CAAGAAUCUCCAACUACCGUCUUUAUGCCGCUCUGGCCCACCACAAGCCACAGGAUGCAGGCGGCCCGAACACGGUGACAUGGGGGCAUGAUGAAAGCUUGGGGCCCUCUUCCAUUUCACAUCUGAUGCCAGAUGAUCGUCAUUGUGGUCAGCGCUUAGAGGACGUCUUAUAAAAUGCUACCCUCCCCCAGCUCUACCAUGCUUCUUCAUCCAGCUCAAUUCUCUUUCCUUUGAUCUCAAUUAUCAUUCCUUACGAAGCUGUGCUUCCUACCUUCCUUUAACUUUAUUUUUAUCCUUCCAAGUUUGUCACUCUCUAUCCAUUCAAGAUGAGAUUCGGAAUCGUUUUCACCGGUAUUAUCGGUUACGCUGCCGCCCUGCCGGCCAUGGGCGCCCAGAAAGACUCUUCACCGAACGCUGUUCAGCCCAGCGGAGCCCCCUCCUUCCAGGGUGCUGCUCCUUCUGGCUCGCCUCUUCCCCUUCCUUCUGGUGUCCCUCAGGGUCAGGGUCAGGGCUUCGGCCAACAGGGCUUUGGCCAACAGGGCUCUGGAAACAGUGAGGGUCAGGCUCCUGCUGUGAGCUUCGCUGGUGCUCCUCAGGGCACUGGUGCUCCCGCUCCUUCCGGUGCUCCCCAGGGCCACAAGAGACGUCAGCUUGAGAUUCCGGCUUCUGCUGCUAGCGGCCCUGCCCCGACUGGUUCCGCUGCCGCUGGUGACUUCGGAGGUGCCCCUGCCGGCGCCGGUCCUUCUGGUGCUGCAGGUGGUAAUGGCCCCGCUCCCUCUGGAUCGUUCGGCGGCAACGGUGCUGCUCCUUCCGGCGUUGCGGGUGGUAGCGGCCCCUCCCCCUCUGGCUCUUUCGGCGGUAACGGCCAGUCUGGAUCUUUCGGUGGUGAGGGUCAGUCCGGCUCCUUCGGUGGUAGCGGCGCUUCUCCCUCCGGCAUUGCUGGCGGCAACAGCCCCUCCCCCUCUGGCUCCUUCGGUGGUGCUCAGCAGGGCUCCCACAGACACCAGACCGAGAACUCUCAGUCCCAGCGCUCCCACUCUCGGGGAUCCAAGGGCUCUCCCACUAGGCAGGGCCCGGGUGCCGCUGCCUCUGGCUCCUUUGGAGGCAACGGCCCCUCCCCCUCUGGCUCUUUCGGCGGUAACGGCCAGUUUGGAUCUUUCGGUGGUGAGGGUCAGUCCGGCUCCUUCGGCGGCAACGGUGCUUCUCCUUCUGGUGUUGCUGGCGGCAACGGUCCCUCUCCCUCCGGCUCCUUCGGUGGUAACGGUGCUGCUCCUUCUGGUGUCGCUGGCGGUAACGGCCCCUCUCCUUCGGGCGCUGCCGCUGGUGGUGCUCCCGCUGCCUCGGGCGCUCCCGCCGCUGCUCCCUCGGGUGCCUCUUUCUAAGCUCCUCCCGAGGCUGUCGCGAGCUCUGCUCAACAAUUCUCACCAUCCAUCCAUGACGCCGAUGCUAAAACUCGAAACUAAAUCCGUCAAGACUUAUUGAUGGAGUAUGAGACCCCGUCAGUACGAACAAGAUUUUCGGCACUGAUUUCCAAAUUCCUGUGGAUGGAGAUGGGAAGGAUUGGACUUGUGUGUGUAUAUUAAUUCUUAUUUCAAUAUCCUGUCAUUCGCUUGAUCAUAUCUGGUAGACCGAAUAAAGAGUUUGGCUGCG